UGUUGCCGGAUUCCCUUUUUGAAUGGUUAGUUUGAUGCCUGCCGAUAGUAUUGAUGAGGACUCCGAUGUCGCUACAGGAUGGCUUAAGCUCGCCGAACUGCUGAAGCAGGCUUCAGCUGCACUAGAUCGAGUUGGCGACGCAAGUGUGUUUUCAGAUCUCCACAGAUACAAAGAAGACAAGGCCAAAAUCGAGGAGAGUGCUACAACUGUGGCACAGGUCGCCGCUGGUUUGAAGCGCGGAGAAGGUGCCAAAGCUGCCAAAGUGGCUGCAACAUCAACAUCCUUGAUUGACAAAUUGGCAGCGAUUGCCGGGGGCAAGAUUGCGAGCCAGUCAGAUAGCCCUGGAAGACUUAUCAAGAGCAAAUGCUCUGAAAGUCCGCACUCUUCUCAAAGGAGCAAAAGCCCGGUUGAGGGGGUCGCCGAGGAAGACAUUCAAGAGUUUGUCACUACCCACGCAUUGGACGAGUGGGUUGGGGAGGCAUUGAUGAUGCUGUCUCCGUCUCAAAGACACUCUGUGCUGCAUCCUCCCUUGAACAUGGAACGUGCUCGCAAUCCGAACGGCGUUGUGAUGAGCAGGGUCAAGCAAGUUGCACCCAUCGAGGAAAGAGUCCAGAUGUUCGUCAAGGUGAAUGACCUUGCAGAGGGAGUUGUUGAUCGAUUGUCAACUUUGACUGCUGACCAGUGUGAGGCUGUGAUGGAUUCGGGCUUGAAGAUCCAGCGGGCGGCAAACCCGUCCGGAGUUGCCAUGAGCAGAAUCUCGGAAGUUCUUCGCACUAUGGGGGAUCGUGGUGGCCGGCCUUUGCAUCUUCACCCGCGCAGUGAUGCCAACUACCGACUUGAAAUCCGCCACAAGAAUGGUGGAAAAAGUCGCCGUAGCAGGAGCCGCAAACGCCGGCGUCGGCAUGCAGAAGUUGAUGAUAUGCCGCAAGAUGUCAGGCGUUUGAUGGAGGAGCUCGGCCUAGAAGAUUGGUGUGGAGAGGUUUUAAGGCGGCUGAGUCUCUGGCAGCGACAGGCCGUUGUCCGAGAGCUUGGGAACAUGCGCGGUGUUCGAAAUCCGUCUGGUGUGGUGAUGAGCCGUAUCAAGCAAGUGGCUACACCGGAAGAGCUGCUGACAAUCUUUGUUGACCUGAAUAGCUUGGACAGAGCUGUGGAGGCAAAGCUUUGGGAGCUAACGCCGGAGCAGCGGAUGGAAGUCCUGGCCCCCGGUAUUUUCGUGCAGAACGUCCGAAACACUUCCACUGCUGUCCGCAGCCGCAUUGCCAACGUACUAGAGGGCCGAAGUGCUAUGACUCGGCCACCGCGGCACGAACCUGGUAUGGAUGAAGGCCUGCUAAGCUUAGCCCGUGUACGCAUGCAUUAGCUUCUCCAUUUUGCUGCACAGGUCCUGGCCGAGAAAGGCUUGCCAGCGCAGCUGUGUGCAGAUGUAUGCAGCUGUUCGCAGUGUACAGCUAUUGAGCAUACUAUGCCUGGUUCCUUGUUGAGGCGGAAGCAUCACAGGAGCGCAAGCCGGCAGAAGAGGCGCCGUCAUGGCGGCGGCUCCGGUUCCAGCGAGUCUCGAAGACGUCGACGCUGAAGUGCAGCACCAGAGUG